AUGAGAAAAUAUGGCAUCAUCCACAAAGUCGCCACGGCUUACCAUCCUCAAACAAACGGCCAAGCCGAAGUCUCAAACUGGGAAAUCAAGCAUGUUUUGGAAAGAGUUGUGAAGCCGAAUAGGAAAGAUUGGAGCACUAAACUCUCCGAUGCACUGUGGGCUUAUCGAACGGCUUACAAGACACCGAUCGGCAUGAGCCCCUUCCGGCUUGUAUAUGGUAAAGCAUGUCACUUACCGGUGGAGAUUGAACACAAAGCCUAUUGGGCAGUGAAGGAGUGUAAUAUGAGCUUGAAUGGAGCCGGAAUAGAGAGAAAGCUUUAA